AUGGAACAAGUUGAGAUCUUCGACGCUGCUGUCUUGCCCAAUGCUUUGGAGGGCCUAGCCAGGUUGCCGUCUCUUGCCCUUGGUGAAAAAUCGCUGUCUCAAUCGCUUUAUCAGCUGGCAUCUCAUCAUGGCAAUGCGUCGGCGCCUUUCUACCCAGGCCCAACUUCCUGGCUUUCGUGCCAGUGUGCUGAUGGCUGGGGGCCUCUUUCUGCAAAGUACAAUGACUUGACACCUUGUUUCCUACAAGGAGUGUUGUACGUUGUUGCUGGUGUGCUUAUGGUGACUAUCAGUACCAAGCAGCUCUACACCUUGUACCAGAGGAAGAUGACGUCUGGAAACAAGGCCAACUUGCCUUUCUACGUGAGACUUGCGCUUACGGUAUUGCAAUUUGCCUUUUCCAUUUCGUUGUACCUUUCAUAUGCGGAGUCGUUUGACAUUAUCAAGUUUGGUUUGGUCUUGAACAUUGCCUCGCUCGUGUUUGCCUUCGGUCUUCAUUACCUUGAGCACUUUAAGGCUUCUAUUUCGUCUGGUGUUUUGCUUUUCUACUGGCUCUUCCAGAUCUUCUUUAAUCUUGGACGUAUCAUUAACUUGAACUUGAGACAUGAUAAGAAGAACAACUUCUUUGCCGUCUCCAUUUUGGCUGCUGUGAACGCUUUCUUUGUUCUCGUUCUUGAGAUCAACUUCCCACCGCUUUCCAGCCAGCCAUACUCGAAGCAGCUCAGUAUCGCUCCAUACGAUAAGGCUAACAUCUUUUCUCGUAUUGCUUUCAACUGGAUGGCUCCAUUGAUGAAGAAGGGUUUCUACCAGUUCUUGGCUGAAAAGGAUAUGCCUUUCUUGCCUUCUGAGCUCAAAGCAGGUGUCGCUGCUGAUAAAUUCUACCACUACUGGAAUGCUAGUGCUACUCCAUCCUUGUUCUUCACUUUGGCCAAGGCCUUUGGUGGUCCUUUCUUGAUUGGUGGUGCGUUCAAGGGUCUUCAGGAUAUCUUAGCUUUCACCCAGCCUCAGUUACUUCGUCUUUUGAUUAGUUUCGUCAAUGACUAUUCUGAAUCCUUGAAGAAGGACGACCCAAUUCCUCUCACUAAGGGUUUGAUGAUCGCUGCUGGUAUGUUCCUUGUUUCUGUUGUCCAGACUGCUUUCUUGCAUCAAUACUUCCAGAGAGCAUUCGACUUAGGUAUGAAGAUCAAGUCGUCAAUGAUUUCCGUUAUCUAUAACAAGUCGCUUGUUUUGUCCAACGAGAUGAAGCAGCAGUCUAAUACUGGUGACAUUGUUAACUUGAUGUCUGUUGACACCCAGAGACUUCAGGAUUUGGUUCAGAACUUGCAGAUCAUCUGGUCUGGUCCUUUCCAAAUCGUCCUUUGUUUGUACUCCUUGCAUGGCUUGUUGGGUAACAGUAUGUGGGCCGGUGUCGCCAUUAUGGUGAUCAUGAUUCCUCUCAAUGCUGUUAUCGCAAGAACAAUGAAGAACUUGCAGAAGACCCAGAUGAAGUACAAGGAUGCUAGAUCUAGAUUGAUCAGUGAGAUCUUGAACAACAUCAAGUCUCUUAAGUUGUACGGCUGGGAGGAUCCAUACAUGGAGAAGCUUAAGCAUGUCAGAAAUGAGCAAGAAUUGCGUAACUUGAAACGUAUGGGUAUGUUUGGCGCACUCUCGACCUCUACUUGGAGUUUGACUCCAAUCUUGGUCAGUUGUUCUACUUUUGCCCUCUUCGUCAUCAACAAUAAGGACAAGACUUUGUCAACUGACAUUGUUUUCCCAGCUUUGUCUUUGUUUAACUUGUUGUCUUUCCCAUUGGCCGUUGUUCCAAUGGUUAUCACCAAUAUUGUUGAGUCCCAGGUGGCCAUCUCUAGAUUGACCAAGUUCUUGAACGGUAGUGAAUUGCAGUCAAAUGCUGUCACUAAGCUUCCAAAAGCCUCGUCGGUUGGUGAUGUCGCCGUUUCCAUCAAGAACGGUACAUUUUUGUGGUCCAAGCAGAAGGGUGAAGAGUCUUAUAAGGUUGCUUUAUCCAACAUUAACUUGUCCGUCAAGAAGGGUGAAUUAGAUUGUAUUGUUGGUAAGGUCGGCUCCGGUAAGUCGUCUGUUCUUCAGUCUCUCUUGGGUGACUUAUACAAGCUUGACGGUGAGGUCAAGGUGCGUGGUAAAGUGGCUUAUGUCUCGCAGGUGCCUUGGAUUGUGAAUGGGUCUGUUAAGGAGAAUAUUUUGUUCGGUCACAAGGACGAACCAGAGUUUUACCAGAAGGUUUUGAAAGCAUGUGCUCUUACUGUUGACUUGAAGAUUUUACCAAAGGGCGACAGAACCGAGGUUGGUGAGAAGGGUAUCUCCUUGUCUGGUGGCCAAAAGGCAAGACUUGCUUUGGCUAGAGCUGUUUACGCUAGAGCUGAUGUUUACUUGUUGGAUGACCCAUUGUCUGCUGUUGAUGAACAUGUUGGAAGACACUUGAUUGACCAUGUCUUGGGACCAAACGGUCUUUUGAAGUCCAAAUGUAAGAUCUUGGCUACAAACGCUAUUCACGUCUUGUCCAUUGCCGACAACAUGCACAUGGUAAAGGAUGGUAGUCUUGUUGAGCAAGGCACUUACUUGGAGAUCAUGUCUCAGGAAAGAAGUCAGUUGCGCCAACUCAUAUUGUCGUUUGGUAAGAAGAGAGGUGAUGACUCUACUGUUCCCUCCUCGUCUGCUACUUCUGUUAAGGGUGGUAACUCUGAUUUGGAUGACCUUAAGGGAAGCGGUACUCUUGAAAGUUCUGAGAACUCCUCUGAUUUUGAAGUUCUGAGUUUGAGAAGAGCUUCUGACGCUACUUUGAUUACUGAUGAGGAACGUUUGCUCCGUCUGACUGAUGAGGACGAGGAAGAGGAGGAAGAUGAAGACGCUGAAGCAAGAAAGGAGAAAUACCAACAGGGUAAGGUCAAAUGGGAUGUUUACAAACUGUACGCUCGUGCCUGUGGCCCUGUCAGUGUCCUCAUUUUCUUAUCUUCCACUAUUGUAUCGAUGACGUUUAACGUCAGUUCAAAUGUCUGGUUGAAGCAUUGGUCUGAGGUGAACACUGAAAUGGGAUUCAAUCCUUCCUUGGUCAAGUACUUGGGAAUCUACUUCCUUUUGGGUUUCGGCUACUCUAUCAGUAUGAUGUCUCAAAUGAUCGUCAUGUGGAUCUUGUGUACGAUCAAUGGUUCUAAAAAGAUGCAUAAUGAUAUGGCCACAAGUGUUUUGAGAGCUCCUAUGUCGUUCUUCGAAACAACACCGAUCGGCAGAAUUUUGAACAGAUUUUCCAAUGAUAUCUAUAAGAUUGAUGAGGUUUUGGGACGUGUCUUUGCCAUGUUCUUCACCAACAGUGCCAGAGUGUUGUUCACCAUACUUGUCAUUUGUUACUCUACGUGGCAGUUCAUUUUCAUUGCUUUGCCAUUGAGUGUCUUGUACGUCUACUACCAGCAAUAUUACUUGAAGACCUCGAGAGAAUUGCGUCGUUUAGAUUCUGUUUCGAGAUCUCCUAUUUUCGCAAACUUCCAAGAAUCGUUGAACGGUGUCUCUAUCAUUCGUGCUUACGGUCAGGAAGACAGAUUCAAGUUCUUGAACCAAGCCAGAAUCGAUAAGAACAUGCGUGCAUACCAUCCAUCCGUGAACGCCAACAGAUGGUUGGCUGUUAGAUUGGAGUUCUUGGGAUCUUUAAUUAUUUUGGCUUCUUCCGGUUUGGCUAUCUUGACUUUGAAGUCUAGUGGUAUUAGUGCUGGUUUGGUUGGUUUGUCCGUGUCUUAUGCCUUGCAGAUCACACAAUCGUUGAACUGGAUUGUCAGAAUGACUGUGGAAGUGGAAACUAACAUUGUCUCCGUGGAAAGAGUUCUUGAAUACUCCGAGUUGACUCCAGAGGCACCUGAAAUCAUUGAAGACAAUAGACCACCAGCUUCAUGGCCUGCUAAAGGUGAGCUCAUUUUCAAGAACUAUUCUACAAGAUACAGACCAGAGUUGGACUUGGUCUUGAAGAAUGUCAACCUCAAGGUGAAGCCACAUGAGAAGAUUGGUAUUGUGGGCAGAACAGGUGCUGGUAAGUCUUCCUUGACGCUUGCAUUGUUUAGAAUUAUUGAAGCUGCCGAGGGUCACAUUGAAAUCGACAACCUCGAUACUAGCAAACUUGGCUUGCAGGAUGUGAGACAUAACCUUUCCAUCAUCCCACAGGACGCACAGGUCUUCGAGGGAACUAUCAGAGACAAUUUGGAUCCAUCUGGUGCUUACACUGACGAAGCCAUCUGGAAGGCAUUAGAAUUGUCGCACUUGAAGGAUCAUGUCCUUAAGAUGUAUGAAGAAAGAGAUGCUGAAGAACAAGAUCUGGAUAACGCCUUGGACGUCAAGAUGUCCGAAGGUGGUUCCAAUUUGUCUGUCGGUCAAAGACAAUUAAUGUGUCUUGCGAGGGCCUUACUUAUUCCAUCCCAUAUUCUUGUGUUGGAUGAGGCUACUGCUGCAGUUGAUGUGGAGACCGACCGUGUGUUGCAAGAUACCAUCAGAACUGAAUUCAAAGACAGAACCAUUUUGACUAUUGCUCAUAGAUUGAACACUAUCAUGGACUCUGACAGAAUUGUUGUUCUUGAGCAAGGUGAGGUUGCGGAGUUCGAUAGCCCUGAAAACUUGUUGAAGAAUAAGGACUCCCUUUUCUACGCUUUAUCUAAGCAGGGUGGUCUCGUGGAAGACGAUGAGGGCGCUGAAAAAGCCGAAUGA